UAUUUUAUAACUCGACCUCGAUUUAACGACGACUUUUAUGCUUGCCUAUUACAGUUUUACCGCAUGCAUAUUCAUUUACAAGGAUUUAUUUACUAACUAAUAUUGUUUUUAAAAAAUGACAGUGGACAUAACGCUAAUUUACUUUGAACAGUAGGCUAAGGCUAAUUCAAAGAAAAACGGAAGUUGCCUGUCUGCCACCAGUGUCGUGAAGAAGUACAGUAACCGCAAGCUACCAGAGCAUAUUGAGGAGGAAGUAAUUCUGCACGGGCAGUAUGCCCCCAUUACCAGGCGCUGAGUUGGUUCGUACACCGGUUCAUCUGUAUCGUUACCUUCUUAGAUGUUGCAAGCAAUUGCCAACCCGUGCAAUGCAGCAACAUUAUCAACAUGCUAUAAGACAGGGUUACAAUAGUCACACAGACGAAGACGAUCCUGAGAGGAUUCAACUGAUCAUUCAAAGAGCUAUAUCAGAUGCAGAUUGGAUUCUCGAUAAAUAUAAUAAAAAAUGAGAUGUGUGAAAUAAGAGGACAAGACUGCUGGCUCCAUUGGACUUCCAUGUGGAACAAGCCUUGAUCAAAACAGGAUUUAGCUUGUUCUGCCAUGCAAGAAACAUCCCAGGGACAGAUGCAUCAUGCAAUGUAGCAAUAAGAGAAGUGAUGUUUACCAACCCUCUUUACCGAGGGACCAACGGACAGUCCACAUUUGUGUUUUAGUGCUGCACUACACACCUGAUUCAUCUAGUCAAGGGGUUUGAUUUGUUUAUUCAGAUAUGUUAGUGCAGGGCUUGAACCAAAAUGUGGGCUGUCUGGUUGUCCCGAAGUAGAGGAUUGGGAAACACUGACAUAAGUGUAGCUGACACUUCUAGUCCUCAAAGCAAUAUUUGCACAUGCUGUCCACUUACGUUGAUCUAAUGUGUAUUUAUUGUUACUACAAAGAUCUGUUUGUAUAUCCGCCAAUGUUACAAUACGGUAGCAGGAUGAGAGUUAUGUUGAGUCUGUAUUUAUCAUAUGUAAACCAUAACGCUAGCUACGUUUCCAUCCAAUUGGCGUCAGAUUUUCAUGCUAAUAUUCUAAAAUCUGCAUUUUUUUCCCCAUUUUUACACCAAAUUUACUUGUUGCGGAUACAAAUCAGUGCACAAUGACUGGGUGCACACACAAUGUACUUUUUUGCUUAAGUUUUCAUGUACCAAAUAAAAAUAUAAAGUUCAAUG